AUGCCUCUGCGCGCUGCGCUCCAGUUAAUGGUUCAGCAGCGGAGCAUUGACCAUGGAGGAAUCGUUACCGCCCGGCGAAUGACCCCGAUGGUCAUCGAUCCUCUCCCUACGCCCCAUCGCAAUGGCCUCAUCGCCAUAGGAGUCACCUCACUGCUCUCAGCCAUCACUACCGUCGGACUGUUCGUCUUCAUUACAUAUCGCCUCAUCUUCUGGCGGAAGUAUCAUUCUGCCUAUAUCGGCUUCAACCAGUAUAUCAUUCUUAUUUACAACCUUUUAAUUGCCGACUUUCAAGAAGCUCUUGGUUUUCUCCUCUCGGUACAAUGGGCCGCGCAGAAUUCUAUCACCCACGAUUCCUUCGUCUGCCCCGUCCAAGGCUGGCUGCUGCAAAUUGGUGAUCCGGCAAGCGGGAUAUUUGUGCUGGCAAUCGCUAUCCAUACGUUUUUGAUAGUGGUGAUGGGACGGAAGAUGUCGCAUCGGGUGUUUGUCUGGUUCGUGGUAGGGCUGUGGAUAUUUUGCCUUGCCCUGGUCUUGGUCCCUACAGCUUUGUAUGGGAGGAAAACAUUCGCUCCAUCUGGAGCCUGGUGCUGGAUCGAUGAAAACUACGAAGCAACGCGCCUCUGGGGCCAUUAUCUAUGGAUCUUUGUUGCAGAAUUUGGGUCCAUAGCCAUCUACUCCAUCCUCUUUGUUUAUCUACGACGGCAGGUUUCGUCGUCUCCAAUAAUGGCCCGCGGACAAAAGGAGCACCUACGACGCCUCCGCCGCGUAACGGGCUACAUGGUCCUGUACCCUCUCGCAUACAUCGUCCUCUCCCUGCCGCUCGCUGCUGGUCGCAUGGCCAUGGCACGUGGAGAGAAGCUGAGCAUUGUCUACUUCUGCGUUGCCGGCGCAUUCAUUUCCAGCUCUGGCUUUGUCGACGUGGUCAUGUACGCGCUCACACGACGGGCACUCCUCCUGGAUUCGCAGCCUUCGAAUGUCGACAGGGCAUAUUCCUCCGGCCGAUAUCAGCCGCACAGCAGCCACAUUGCCACCGUGACAGCGGAGCAUAGAUCGUCCCGUAUGCCGCACUACAACCAUCACCACCAUCGACGACAAGAGAGCGAGAAUCCGGGCUACCACAGCUCGAUGGAGAAUAUCAUACAGGAAGAGUCGGGUCUGGAAAUGCUAGGUUUUGGGAUGGGCAAGGUGUAUCAGAAGACGACCAUUGAAAUCACCAGCGAGCCUUUGGAAAAGGGGCCUGAGAGUCCCACGGCUGCCUCAUCCAGCGGGCCGUCGUGCGAUUCCGCGAACCCCAUGGAUUCGAUUCCCAGUCCGGUACGGGCGUGGAAGUUGAAGUGA